GUCACAGCCCAUAAAAAUAGUUCAAAUUAAAAAUCAGUUAAGUUAUUGGUUACAUUUGAAGCGUUGAGUUUUGCAUCCAAUCACAACAAAGCUGAUACUGAACAAAUGAGACAGUUAAGAGGUAGUUCAGUGCUGCCAUUGCAGCCAUGGUCUCGGUUGGUCUCGCAGUAAAAUUUCGAGUCCUCUGUGCCCGAGACCGAGACAAGACCGAGUAAAAAUGCAGUCGAGUGCGAGACAAGACUGAGAUCUUCAGAAAGUGGUCUCGAGACUGAGACCGAUCUCAAUACUACAGCACUAGAGGCAAGCCUCACAAGAUAAAUAUUUUCCAAGUUGAAACAAGUUAAUAUGUCAUAGUGAGAACAAAAAUUACAUGAAAAUAAUGAUUUCAGCAUCAGGCACUGCACAUCCCGAAGUGGUAUGGCUUCCACAGGCCUCUCAAUGUCCCAAUCAAGGUGCGAGUUUAAAAGAUGACAGCCAGUCAUCCCACCAUAACUGUGGUCACAGCACGAUCAUCAGCAGCCUAUUCUGUAGAUGCUAAGUUGAUGCCAGAAGGUUGUCCCCCUUGGAUAAAACAACAACAUCCCUUAAAACCAGAAAGUGACAUAGGAAUCGAAGAGACAAGACAACAAUUCAAGAAAGCGAGAGUAUUGGUGCCUGAAUCAAAUCCAGUGAGUUACAUUCCCAUAUUUCCAAUACUCAACGCAGACCAAAGUAGGUAAAAUUAGUCGAUGAUUUAAGGCCUUUAUGUUAUAGAAAACACAGGUUGAUGUUCCACACCCCGACAUACUACUCUCAGAUAUGCCCCCAGUGGUCCGAUAGUUUGUGUUGCAGAUUUCUUAGCAUGCCCCUAAGUCCUGCAAGUAGGCAUUUGUUUUCUUUCAGCUGCUGUCUACCACUAAAAUCUCCUGCCUCUGGGCUUCUGUCAUUGUCCUCAUUUUCAAAUAAAAUUCUCAAAGAUUUGGCAGAUUUCCCACAAAAGGUCAUCAGUGUGGUGUUGCAGUUUGCUGAUGACAUCACCUGAUCCCAAAUGUGUCACAAGGACUUCGAGAUACUGCUGAGUCAGCAAUUGUUUUGAAUGGCUUCAUUAAUUAUAUUUCAGUUAUUGUAUAUGAAACAUCAGCUGAUGAUUCUGAAGAGUUCAAGUGGGAAAGGAGAGACAGGAAGAGAGGAGGGGUUUUCAGGGAAAGAAUGAAGAUAGUUAUGUGCAAAGUGAGGGAUGAGGGACAUGACUGUCCAAUGGACGCUGAGAGACAGAGGAGGAGGAGUUCAGAGAGACAUCAGUAAGAAAACUACAUCUUGGUCACAAAGUAGCCAGAGCUGCAGAGAGCUGCUGCUCUCUGAAGAUGGAGGACCUGGAUGGAGCAGACCUCUGCUUUCCACAACUCAUCAACAUCUCCUGCAAGAAGCCUGCACCUCCUCAGACCGAGGAUCUGGUCCUAUAUGCUGUGAUGUUCUCCGUCUCUCUGCUCACUGUUGUUCUCAACCUGCUCGUCAUCAUCUCAGUCUCCCACUUCAGGCAGCUGCACACACCAACUAACAUCCUCCUCCUCUCUCUGGCCGUCUCAGACUUUUUUGUUGGUCUCUUGGUAAUUCCGGGACACAUCCUCAUACAACAAGCCUGCUGGUUUCUUGGUAACUUUGCAUGUUCUAUGUAUCAUUACACAGGAUUUGUCAUCACUUCUGCCUCAGUAGGAGACAUGGUGCUGAUAUCAGUUGACCGUUAUGUGGCUAUUUGUGACCCUCUGCAUUAUCACACCAGAAUUACAGAGGGGAGAGUUAAACUCUGGGUUUGUCUGUGUCAGCUCUUUUCUGGUCUCUACAACAUUUUAUUCUUAAAGAUUCAAUUGGACAGCCAUAACUCCUGCUAUGGAGAGUGUAUAAUUAACAUUGACCUCAUUGGGGGAACUGUUGACUUUAUUGUCACCUUCAUUCUUCCAGUUACAGCCAUCAUAUUUCUGUAUAUGAGAGUAUUUGUGGUGGCUGUGUCUCAGGCUCGUGCCAUGCGCUCUCACACUGCAGCUCUCACUGUAGAGACUUCAGUGAAUCUGUCAACAAAAAAAUCUGAGUUAAAAGCAGCCAAGACUCUGGGUAUAGUUGUAUUGGUUUUUCUAAUGUGUUUCUGCCCGUAUUACUUUCUGACUCUUGUGAGAGGCAGUACAUUUGUUGCAUUUAAAAUUUGUAACUUUGUAUUCAACUGUAACUCCUGUCUAAACCCUGUGAUCUAUGCCUUGUUUUACCCCUGGUUUAGGAAAGCCAUUAAGCUCAUUGUCACCCUGCAGAUCCUGCAGCCUGAUUCUUGUGAGGCCAACAUCCUGUAGUUAUCUCAGCUAAUGUUUCUCAUGUUUUGUUUCACUGCCUGUAUGACUCUGCAAAUUACUCAACAGCUCAUUUACAUUCUCUGCGGUCUGUCUUGCAAUUUAAAUCCUACCUUAACCCUGUGAUCUAUGCCCAGAAUUGUACUGCCUGGUGUGCAGCACAAUUCAUUUUCACUUUUCAGAUAUUUAGCUCAGCUUCUGUGAGGAUAACGUGCUGCAAAAAUGUGUUACAAGAGUUGCAAUGAAUCUUUUCUUUUUGUCUUCAUUGUAUCACAGAAUUGUGCUGCUUAUUGAGAAUUUUUUGUUAUGACUGCAACUUUUUGCAUAUUUAGGAGUAAACCAAUACAGAAGGUUAUGACAAUAGUGUCUGUUGUUGUCAUCAGUUAUGCAGAAUAACAGAAUUACAUUCUUGAAUUCAUUAGCUUUUUCUUGUGGGAGGGAGAAACAUCGUCACCAUCAGUAUCUUCCACACAGCAGCACACAUGAAAUGUAAUUCUGGCCCUUAGAGAGGCUUAUGAUAGUUAUCAAGGUAAAGAAGAAGGAGGAAGCUGUACUGGUUGAUUUUUUCUUUAAAUACUGAAUAAUCAACAUGAAAGUGACAUUUUAUUGUUCAAGCUGGUUGAGACGUGGAUCUUUUUUGAAAGUUGUCAUUUACUGUUUGAAGUGCCCUCAUAGACUCCCCAGAUAAAAGGGAGAAUAUGUUUGUUUUAUUCAUAUUUCACCUUGCCUGUCUUAUGCUGUUAGAUAUCUAUGUAGUUGGACUGAUUUAGAGGCCUACAGAGUGAACGGCCUGCAGAAGUGAGCGAGAUGGUAGAUACCCCCCCCCCACACACACACGCACACGCACACGCACACGCACACGCACACGCACACACACACACACACCAAGUCCCCGUAUUACAGGAAGACACACAUAAACUAAGUUUUAAUACCUGCUAUCCGGGGAUUGACACUUCACACACUCAUAGACGCUACACAUACAUGUUAGAAACAUUUGAUGAGGAGAGCUGAGAUAAAACAAAGCACACUGAGCCCAAAUUUUGUGGAAGUUCAAUUUUUAUAGAGGUAUUUUCAACCAAGAAACAAAGAAAAAGGUGUUUUUCACCAAUACAAACAGGUCUCUAAAUGUGAUUAGCAAUAGCUGAACAAUUAAGUAAAGCAGCAAGUCAUAAAACAAAACAUAAACAUCGCUUUCAAAAAGUAAAAAAACACAACAUAGUGAAACUAAAAUAUCUGGAUUAAAAGCAGUACUUGUGGGCAAUAAACCUUCAAUAUUUUAUAUACUUGGACAUGAAGUGUUACUUUUUGGUGAAUAUAUCUUGAAUAAACCUUUGAAUAGAUUUUUGUUAAUGAUAGUUUGAGUAGAAUCUUCCUUUCAGUGUGUAGGUUGCACUGUAGUUAACAUCCUUUAUUUUUUAAAAUUUCUUUAACCUUUAUUUUACUAGGUAAGUUAGUUGAGAACUAGUUCUCAUUUUGGAUAACAACCUGGUCAAGAGGCAGCAUACAACAAGAUGAGCAACAGGUUACAUAAGGAAUAAAAUGACCUCAACAUGCAGCCUGGUUGUGAGAAUACAGCUCCACAGCUGCAGAUACAUACUGUUGGAUGAGGACAGAAAAGCUAGUGAUGGCCAAAUGAAACUUUCUGAAGCAUUGAAGCUUAUAUUGACAAAGGGUUCAUUACUUGAUGCUUUUCAACACAGUCCUCUUUGGUGGCAUCUGGUGGCCAAAAGUAUGAAGAGCAGCUAGAGUCUACAAUGUGAAAUGAAGUGAUCCAUUAUGAUCCAUAAAUCUACAGAGUUGAAUUGACAGCUUCUGUUUAUUAUCAUGUGACAGUUCUGUCUGAUAUCAGGUUAUUGAGUGGUGCCAUGAACAUGUAUUGUUUGGGUAAAAAAUAAUCUCAUGUUUACUUGAUUAAUAAAUGAUUUUGAUGAAUAAACUUUCCCUGUUUAAACAUG